ACACGCAUACUGAGAGGUGCAGAAGUCGAGAUAUUUUCAUCAUGGCAACCACAGUCAUGCAAAUGGAAACCAGGGUCCAGCAACAUCACUCCAUUAAAGUCUCCAGCUCCCAGAUGCAACGUAUAUCUCAGACUGUGGGAGAGGAAGUUGUUUCUAGGAAAUCUUCUACCACGGUGGAGUCCUUCAGCAUGGUGACACGCUCCUUUGAGAUCCCUUUAGGAGAAAGCAUCCCUGAAUUUGUGGAGAAGCCUCAUCCACUGACAGCCCCUGAGGGAGACAAAGCAGUAUUUCGAGCUAAAGUGAAAGGUAACCCCAAGCCCAGUGUAACAUGGAAAAGAGAAAGUGGGAUACCAAUAAAAGAGGGUUCAAAAAUGUUUUUUGACAGUAUCAAUAAGGAGUUUGUGCUAAAGCUGGAGUCCCUCGCCCCAGAUGAUGCUGAUAACUACAAGUGCAUCGUUUCCAAUGACCAUGCUGAUAUCAUCUACACUGUGUCCUUGAUUGUGACUGAAAGUCAAGAAAAGUUGGAUUUCAAAAAAAUGCUUAAAAAAAGGGGCCCUCCUGCUCCAAAGAAGAAAGCAAAGAAGGUGACUGAUGAGAAGGAAAUGCUUGAGAUCCUCUCCAAGGUGCCAAAAAAGGACUUUGAGAGGGUCUGCAUGGAAUACGGCUUCACCGACUUCCGUGGGCUCCUCAGGAAGCUAAAGGAGAUGAAGAAGAAAGUGGAGGUUGAGGCAGUCAAAGUUCUAAAACCUCUUGAGGAUGUCUCAGCUAAAGUGGAUUCCACAGCUAUAUUUGACACCAUUCUGGAACUGAAGGACCCCAAUACUAAGAUGACAUGGUAUAAGGGUAAUGAUCCCUUGCGUAUUCAGUACUGCCUAGGAAAAUAUGAAAUAAAGCAGAUGGGUACAAAGUAUAUGCUGUACAUCUUAAAUGUGAAUGAAAAAGACUGGGGCACCUACAGUCUAAUUGUGGCUGACAAGAAACUCUCAGCACAACUGAAAGUGAUAGAUGAGCCCCUAAAGUUCCUGGCAGAACUGAAGCCACUGAAAGUGACAGAAAGGCAGACAGCAGUGUUUGAAAUCCGCCUGUCCAAAAAAGUGCCCAAUUUCACCUGGAAAUUCAAUGGGAAGGAGCUGAAGCGGGACGACAAAUAUGAGAUCAUCACAUCUGACGAUGGAUUAACCCACACGUUGAAAAUAAAGGACGUUCGGCCCAGCGACAUUGGAGAAUUUAGCGCCCAGGCUGGGGAUCUGGUGCAGAAAGCGCCACUCUUCAUUGAACGAAUUCCAAUUAAAUUUCUCAGCAACCUGAAGAAUGUCCGAGUCAAGGAGAAGGGGAAAGCUUGCCUGGAGUGUGAGCUGACCUCUAAAGAUGUUACGCUGAAGUGGAUGAAGGAUGGGAGGGUGAUUGAGAGGUCUGACAAAUACAGCAUGACUCGUGAAGGGAAGAGGGCAGAGCUAAUCAUUGAUGAUGCUGAGCUGAGUGACUCAGGAGAGUACACAGUGGUUGCUUUGCAAGAUAAUGACCCAACGGAGUACUGCAGCACUGCCAAUGUAACGGUGGAAGAGAGAUUUGCUACAGUCAAGAGCGGCAUGUCUGAUGUUCAGGCUCCAACUGGGAACCCAGCAGAGCUCUGCGUUGUCCUCAAUGAUGAGAAGGUAGAGGGAGUUUGGCUGAAGGAUGGCAAAGAGAUCACGGAUAUGACAGGAAUCCAGAUAGUCAAGCAGGGAGCUGUCCACAAAUUGAUCAUUGACAAAAUGGGAGAGGAACAUGAAGGGAAGUACACGUUCAGAGCCAAGGGGGCAGAAAGUGAGGCCACCAUAGCCAUUGCAGAUGUUCCUGUCAUUGACCCAUCUGUGCUGGAGGUUUUAGCGGCACACCCAGUGACUGUGAAGGCCGGGCAUACAGCAUACAUCAAGGUCCCAUUCAAGGGAAAGCCACUGCCAAAAGUCACCUGGUUCAAGGACGGUAUUGAGGUGACAGAGGAGGAGAAGGUUGUGAUGGAAAAAGCCAGUGAUUAUGCAAUGCUCACAAUAAAAAACUGUGUGAGAGAAGACAGCGGAAACAUUAUGCUGAAGCUGAAAAAUGAUUGUGGUUCAGCUAUUGCUAAUAUGUUUCUCAACGUUGUUGACAAACCAAAACCACCACAGGGUAAAGUGGAAUUGCUAGAGCGUACGGGAAAAUGCAUUAAAAUGAAAUGGAAAGCACCCAGAGACAAUGGAGGAAAGCAAGUGACCCACUUCAUCAUUGAAAAGAAGAUGGCUGGGAAAAAGUCCUGGAUUAAAAUUGGGGAAACUGACAGCAAACAUACCACAUUUGCCACUGAUAAGGUAGAGGAAGGUAAAGCCUAUCAGUUCAGAAUCAUUGCUGUCAAUGCAGAAGGUCUGAGUGAUCCACUGGAGACAGAAGAAAUCUUUGCUGGGGAACCUAUUGAGCCUCCUGGACUGGCAUCUCAACCUCAAGUUACAGAUGUUACUAAGGAAGCUGUCACCAUCACCUGGAACCCUCCAGCACAGGACGGCGGCUCCCCAGUACAAGGAUACAUUGUGGAAAGAAGGAAGAAAGGCAGCAACCUUUGGGUCCCAGUUACCAAAGAGCUAGUCCAAGAUACCAAGUUCAAAGUGGAUGGAUUGCUGGAGGAUACAGAAUAUGAGUUCCGUGUUACAGCUGUGAACCGUGCAGGGCCUGGACAUCCCAGCGUGGCUUCAAACUCUGUUGUUGCAAAGGACCCCAUCAAGCCUCCAGGAAUGGUGAAGGGGAUCCAUGUGGUUGACUCUUCCAACUCCAGCAUUUCCUUGGCGUGGGAGCAGCCAGAUCACGGAGACUUGCCGUCAGGAUACAUACUUGAGAUGCGCGCAGAGAACACCAAGGAAUGGACAAAAUGCUCUAAAAUCCCAAUCUCCGGCACUAGCUACACUGUGGGAGGCUUGCAGGAGAGGCAGAAAUAUUUCUUCCGUAUCCGAGCGGUGAAUGAAGCUGGUGUGGGAGAACCAGCAGAGCUAGAGAAUGGAGUUCUAGCUAUGCCCCCUCCAGCCUGUCCGAAGUUUGAUCUAAGUGCCAAGCUGAAGAGUCAUGUGGUGGUUCGUGCUGGGACAGCCCUCUGCAUUCAUGCUGCCUUUACUGGUUCCCCUCCACCAACUGUGACCUGGCAAAAAGACGGAAUUCUGACAAAAGGGAGAGAGAUAAUCACCAAAGGCAAGAACCACUCCCAGUUCCUCAUCCACAGCACCAAGCGUUUUGAUUCUGGUGUGUACAGGAUCCUCCUUAGGAACGACUAUGGUGAAGCCCAUUAUGACAUCCAAGUACAUGUGGCAGAUUCCCCACGGCCACCAAAGAAUCUGCAGCUGGUUGAGGAAGUGCCGAACACCGUGACUCUGAAAUGGGAUCACACCCCAGAUAUAAUGGAUGAUGGGCAUGCCCAUUACGUCAUCAUGAAACGUGAUGCUAGAACUGCCACCUGGUUCACUGCAGCUGAAAAAGUCUACAGUAACAAGUACACUGUCACAGCCCUGGUCCCAGGCAGGAAAUACUUUUUCCGAGUUAUUGCCCGCAAUGACAUUGGAGACAGUGACCCUCUGGAUUCCAAGGAGCCCUGGCACAUCUCUAAAGACAAAGAGCGUUUCAGUGCCAACUUGAAGGAGUAUCACGAGAAAGACUGGCGCCAGGCCCCCCAUUUCAUUGCGCCUCUGAAGAACCAUGCAGUUCGCCGGGGCCAGGACUGCACCAUGAGUUGUGCUUUCUUGGGCAACCCCCGCCCGGUGGUGACAUUGUACAAAGGCAAUGUGAACAUCACGGCCAAUUCUAAGUUUUGGUACAACUCAACAAGUGGCGUCUGCACACUGAUGAUCCCCACCUGCAGCUCCAAGGACAGCGGAGACUACACCGUGGCCAUUGAGAAUGAGCUGGGCCAGGAGAAAUGCAGCUGCAUGCUGACUGUGUAUGAUAAAGAUGAUAAAAGCCUCCUGGACUCAGUGACUGAAAGUCUUCAGAAGUCAAAGCACAUCAUGUAAUCAGCAGACCCGGAUCCAAAUUCAUCCAGUCCAGCAUGCGGAACAAUUCAAACAUUUCUGUGUAGUUUGACUUAGAUAUGCAUGGCUCAAAACAGCAACUGCACUAUCUUCUAUAGUGAUUAAUGAAUCCAAAUGCCAAAAGGUGGGGCCUUCACUGUAGAAGGGCAGUUUUAAUGUUUCAGUACUUUCUUCCACAUAGGCAGCUUCCACAUGCUAGUGUGUGUGAAUGGUAAUAUUUCCAAUACUGGAUGAAAAUGUAUCUUAAAAAUAAAAGG